AUGGUGACUCUGAUCCUACCUAUCCAACAUGGAGAAUUCGGCAACUCUCAACUUACUAGAUGCACCUCAGUGCUGCGGGAUAAACCUCAACUUAGACGCAAGCGGGCCAUUUUUCUAACAGCAUUCCUCCUCAUCGCACAAGUACUUACUGCCACUGCCAUUAUAUCCAACAUGGAACUUGUAUCUCAGUUCACUGAGGAUGCUAUUGCCAAGGAGGAUCGUAUCUGUGGUCAACCUGCUUGUGGUAGCAUUAUCCUGAAAGGCGCUCCAUAUCAUUACAUUGCCACUAUUGUGCCUAGCCAGCCUGGUCGCUUCAUCUGUAGGGCAUGUUACUUGCGAUAUGCACAGAAGCUUUCGACAUCAGUCCGACCCUCUUCAGUUCGCCCUUCUUCUGCACAAUCACUCCCUGAUCCUGACGUCAUACGGCAAAGUGUAAAUGCUGCACAGCGCAGAUCUACUAUCAACCCUCCUCGUGUGGUUCCUUUCCUAUCUCAGCCCUCAAGUAGCGCUAUGCAUAUGGGCCGCCUUCCAGGCCCAGAUAUUGCCGUGCCUUUAUCGUGGCAACAACCACCAGUCAGUUCCAGCCAGAACAGGGUACCUGGUCCCACAGGGUACUCGGCGCACCAUGCUCAAUAUAGUUUGGAGCGUGAGCGAUGGGCUAAACUAGCAUAUGCUCCACCCCCUGCAGAGACUAUCACAUUAGAGAUAACAGCUGUGUAUGAGGGAAACUCACGGAAGAAAAGCGGACGUGGUAUCAACUUCGGGAAUAUAUGUGAAGGAAAGAAGGAUAUUGAUGCUCGCUUGGACGCCCCUAGUCUCAUAGCGAUUGCAUUCGAUACCAUUCUACCCAAAAUCCUCACAUUCGGAAGGGGAUUUCCAUGGCGCUCUCAUGAAUUUGUCGUCCGAGAUGCUGCCUGGGUUGACCUAUCUGGGCAUUUGCCCGCCAUUCCAUACUUUUUGGCUCAGUGCUUGGUCCAAUCUCGACAUGCGCCGAAGACGACGACUUUCAAGACUAAGAAAUUCUCGCUCAUGGUUGUUGUGCCUGCAGCGCAGUGGAGUGAGUAUGAGGAAUGGCUCGAAAGAACUGAAGAAGAGGAAACCUUGCAUGAACAGCUUCAACGACGCCGAUCCAUCCACACUGAUAUUGAAGAUCAAGACCCUCAUGCUGUCGGUACUGACUUGGACGACUAUGAAGACCCAGACCCUUUUGCUGGGCAACUUGAAGAAGACGACGACCCUUUUGGUAAUGACAUGGAACCUCCAUAUAGUCUAUCUACUGUGAUGCGCACAUCAGCAAAGCGAGCUCAUGUUCGAGGCGAGAGUGACUCCACAAGUAGUACUGUCUCGCCUCCCCGUAAGAAGCUGGCGCAUGUAUUUCGCCUCCCUGACCGUGAUGAUCUCAAAGAGGCCUUGAAAAAUGGAGGUUUAGUUUAUGAUCUACGCAAUGAGGACAUCCAAUUCCAUCAAAUCCCUGUGCGUCCACUAGCUGAUAUCUUGAAGACUCCUCAACACCGUUCAUUUGAACUUGACAUCUCCAAUUCAUCUAUUGGCCAACUCACUAUCGAUGUCCCCCUUCGCAGCAUGAUUGGGAUUGGUGCUUUCAAGACAGCACAUCCAGGGUGGCUAACACUAUCCCCUCUGUCCUCCAGUGGCCUUGGAUCCCGCACUCAGCAGGAUGUCAUCGUUAAGCGGCCAUUCUACAGACCUUCCUCUCACACCGGCGCUGCUGCUGGAUCCAACACCCUCAAGAUCGCACGUUAUGCAUUAGCAGAUGAGCUCCAAAAGCUCUUAAAUGAAAGUAACGUGUUGUACUGGGCGAAAUCACUCCUUAACUUUACUUAUGAAUACAUCGAUCACUGUAUCGAUGCAGCAUCAAGUCCUCCAUCUUUCCAAAUACCCCGCGUGCGCUUUGUGGAUGCAGGGAUUGCUUUAGCAUUUUCUCAUCACUUGUCGAACGCUCAGGGGACAUCCAAUCAAGCUCCCACAGCAGACGUUAAGGCAGGGACGUUUUCAGCGGUGUAUCUCCUUGAGGAGCCAGUGACAUUCGACAGUCCUGGUAAUCAGACAUUUACCAAGUUUAUCCAUAAUAAGGACUGCGAACCGUCACUUGAUGACGAUGAAUAUGGCUAUGACCUAGCCGUCUUUCUUGCUUUCACUCAGCACAUUCAGUAUGCGAAGACAGACGGUCUAGCCUUUGUUUCUGAUUAUCAAGGCAGCACAGCGCUUUUGACCGAUCCUCAAAUAUUGACCCACCGUUCGGUCGGUGAUGGAAACGAUCAUUUUGGUGAUGGAAACAUCGCAAGCAUGGUGGAUGACUUUGAGACGAAGCAUGUUUGUAACUAUUACUGCAAGUGGCCAGGAUUUGGAUUGGAGGUAUAUGCUUAG